AUGGAAGCCUCAAGCUCAACUCUUGUAUCAACAUUACAUUGCUCAGGGUGCGAUCAUACACAAUCUAUUAGUGAAUUUAUUAGCCCUGGAGCAAACAAUACUAUAAAGCAAUAUCGAACUUGUGCCCACUGCCGCAGUAGAACCACACAGCUAAAAAGAAAUAAAAAAAAAAGGCAGCUUGAAGAUGAUCCGGAGGAAGACACUAUAGACGAAAAUACUUUGGAGGAA